CCACACGGCAAUCUUUUAUUUCCCAUUUCUCUCAAUCCUCCAAUGGCAAUGGUUAGUCUCUCUCUCGUCUCUAAACCCCUAACCCCUAUCUCUCUCCCCAAACCCUCCGCACCCGCUAUCACUCUCACUCCCACGUAUUGUCUCCGCUUCCGCUACACUAGCCCGCACUUGAACCCCGCCGCCGUCGCCAAAUCUCGGCCGUUCGUUCGAGCAGCAGCCGUUGAUGGGGAGUACUCGGCCAAGAGAAGCAGUGGUAGUAGCAGUGGCGAGCCCAGGGAAACCAUCAUGCUCCCGGGUUGCGACUACAACCACUGGCUGAUCGUGAUGGAGUUCCCCAAGGACCCUGCGCCCACCAGGGAACAGAUGAUUGACACUUACCUCAACACUCUCGCCACUGUGCUGGGCAGCAUGGAAGAAGCAAAGAAGAAUAUGUACGCUUUCAGUACCACCACCUACACUGGAUUCCAGUGCACAGUUGAUGAAGAAACAUCUGAGAAAUUCAAGGGAUUGCCUGGGGUUCUCUGGGUAUUGCCAGACUCAUACAUAGACGUCAAAAAUAAAGACUAUGGAGGGGAUAAGUACAUCAAUGGAGAGAUAAUUCCCUGCAAGUACCCUACUUAUCAACCAAAACAACGUAGUGGAUCAAAAUAUGAAAGUAGAAGGUACGAGAGACGGAGGGAUGGCCCCCCUCCUGAUAAGAGAAGACCCAGACAAGAGGCAACUACUUCAGACUCAGCCUCUGAUUGAGGUUUUUUCAUGUUUGAUCUAGUUCUUAGUCUGAUGGGAGUUGCACUGUAUCAUUCUUCAACAUGUUUCUGUGAACAAUACUGGCAUGGAUAAUUUAGCAUGAGGUCAGAGAAACCUGCUUAUGAAUGAAGUCCAGUGGGGUGCACUGUUGAUGUAUCUCUUGUCAGAUCAACUAAGCAGUUUCAUCUAGAGGAGUAUGUAGGUCUGAUAUAUGAGUAUAGUACAUAAAGGGGAUUUUGAAUUGAUGAACUUAUAUGUAUGCGAUUGGAAUUGUUUUCACAUAUCAAUUUUCUUGCCCUGUCUUCUAUCUUAUCA